CCGGCAGCACACUGGGUACCUGGGUAAUCGAGGAAACUCAAGCGAUUCCUCCCCGUAGCUAACAGUAGCUAGCCGGCUAAUCUCCUGGACAACGCAGUUGUGGUUCUUUUAUUGGCCGUUUCACUGUCCAUGUCUUUUUUCCUUUAUAGUACAGCAAUUUUGUAGUACGCCGUCAGUGACAAAAGUGAGGCAGACAUCGACGGACAAGUUUAAAUACGCUGGAUGUUUGGCCACUGGUGCUUUCUUCCAGGAUGCUAGCAUAUAAGCAAGCCAGCUAGCUAGCUAGCUAGCCAACCAGCUAAAGUAGCCAAGUAGCAGCACUGGCCGGAUGCUUUGAACAGCAACGCAGCGGAUUUUGGGGAGUUUCUAGUCGGCCUUACAUGAUGUCAAACAACCGGCAACAGCAAAGCCCUGGUGGGGCAAGUUCCGUGCCCAGCACGAGUAGCAGCAGCACAGGAGGCACUGGGAACACAAACGGUAGCGUCGGGAGCAACGUCGUCACAAGUAACCUUAAUGGUAACAAUUCUGGAAAUGUUGUGCCCUCCCGGACCUUGGCAGCAGCCAGCGAGGGCGUCUUGUCGGUGCCAACGUUAGCCGCCGUACCCUCGUCCCGGGGCGGGUUUGCUUCUCUGAGCAGACCCUCUGGGUCUUCAGGCAGCAGAAAGAAGUCCCUCCAUCAAGCACCUCUUUACAACGGCCUCUUGAAUUCAUACGAAGAUAAAAGCAACGAUUUUGUGUGUCCCAUUUGCUUCGAGAUGAUAGAAGAAGCACACAUGACAAAGUGUGGGCACAGUUUUUGUGAAAAACCGCCAGAGUUGGAGGACAGAAACGGUGCCCCAAGAGCUGUACACAUGAUUAUGAAAUCAUUAAAUUGUCAAUUGGCUACAACUGGACCCACACAUCACAGCUUGAGGGGCAAAACAUGUUAUUUCUGUGUACUUUUCCAGGAAAUGAGCGGGCUGUACUGUCCAAUGAUGGAGUUAGAGUGUACAGUGCCUAACGUUGAGGCUCCCUCACCAGCACCCAGUAGUAUUAUUGACCCACCAGACUACAGCCACCCUCCAGGAUUCGGUGGAACUACCCAGGCCAAAAGACAGACCUGGUACAACAGCACCCUGGCAUCAAGGAGGAAGAGGCUUACGGCUCACUUUGAAGAUCUGGAGCAGUGCUACUUCUCCAACAAAAUGUCCCGCAUCACAGAUGAAGGCAGGAACCUGAACCAGCUGGAUGAUUUUAUGGAGUGUCUGUCUAAGUUUACCCGCUACAACUCUGUGCGGCCGCUCGCCACUCUCUCCUACGCCAGUGACCUCUAUAAUGGCUCCAGUAUUGUCUCCAGUAUUGAGUUCGACCGUGACUGUGACUACUUUGCCAUCGCCGGUGUGACCAAAAAGAUCAAGGUGUUUGAGUAUGGCACAGUGAUCCAGGAUGCAGUGGACAUCCACUACCCUGUCAAUGAAAUGACUUGCAAUUCCAAAAUCAGCUGUAUCAGCUGGAGUAGCUAUCACAAAAACCUUCUGGCCAGCAGUGACUAUGAGGGUACUGUCAUUCUGUGGGAUGGAUUCACCGGCCAGAGGUCCAAAGUCUACCAGGAACAUGAAAAAAGGUGUUGGAGUGUUGACUUUAACCUGAUGGACCCCAAGCUGUUAGCCUCCGGUUCUGAUGACGCUAAAGUGAAGUUAUGGUCAACCAAUCUUGACAACUCAGUAGCCAGCAUUGAGGCCAAGGCCAAUGUCUGCUGUGUGAAAUUCAGUCCAACCUCAAGGUAUCAUCUGGCCUUUGGCUGUGCAGAUCACUGUGUCCACUAUUAUGAUCUACGCAACACUAAGCAGCCAAUCAUGGUAUUCAAAGGCCACAGGAAGGCUGUGUCUUACGCAAAGUUUGUCAACGGAGAGGAAAUUGUUUCUGCUUCGACAGACAGUCAGCUGAAGCUGUGGAAUGUAAACAAGCCUCACUGUCUGCGCUCCUUUAAGGGUCACAUCAACGAGAAGAACUUUGUAGGCCUGGCCUCCAAUGGAGACUAUGUUGCCUGUGGCAGUGAAAACAACUCCCUGUACCUAUACUACAAAGGACUUUCCAAGACGCUGUUGACAUUUAAGUUUGACACCGUUAAGAGUGUGCUGGACAAAGACAAGAAGGAGGACGACACCAAUGAGUUUGUCAGCGCCGUCUGCUGGAGAGCCAUGCCGGAUGGAGAGUCAAAUGUACUGAUCGCUGCAAACAGCCAAGGAACGAUCAAGGUCCUUGAGCUUGUCUGAAGGGCUACUAUGUCUUCAGUGUGUGUGAUAGAACUACCAUCAGCAUUUUUGUUUGGUGGAGGAUCAGUCGGAUUCAGGGAGAGCCCAGGUUGCCUGCUGAACUAGGAUACCCAACAGCACCGGGAGAGCUGAAAUAAACUGAACCCGUCGUAUUUUAAUGAGCUACAGAAGAAAGACUUUGGACCAGUAUAGCAGACGAAGAUGUGCUGUCAUUUUACAGCAAAACAAAAACCAGGAUCUAGCUUGGGUCACAAAUGGAACAAGAGACUUCAGAAAGCAUUUGGUUUCUUUUCAGUAAAGUUAUAUCUGCUACAAUAGAAUGCCUCUUUAUGGUUUUAGGUCAGAUCAAAACUUGUACCUUUUUUAAUGAAGCUGUCACUCUCAAGGGUACAUCCAGCCAAACGCUAAAAGUGUGAUGCAUUUUCCUUUUUUAAAGGCCAAAGCACAAGACGAAAUGACCUGCAAAAAUUAUGUCUUUACAUGGAGCUUUUACCCCCCCCCCCCCCCCCCAUUGUUUGUCAACCACCUUAUUUUCCCUCUUUAUGUGUAGUUUUUGUUUUUUUCCAAUUGGGAGAAGCAUGUUUUUAAUAAAUAUGACUUGAGUUUCAUUCUGUCAAGCGUAUCGUCAGUUUCUUUUCUGGCUGAGGAGUGUAGAAUGUGGAGUAGUGUACAAAAGGACGACCAAUGGAUUAUGGAAAUGUUAAAUAACUCCUGAUGUUUCUGUUACUGUCAAAACAAAAUGACAGGACAUGUUAUGUCUGUGAUUACAGCGAUUCUCAUGUAAUUUAAGGCAUUGAUCUGCAAUGUUACAUCAAACUGGAUUUUUUUUUUUUUUUUUUUUUCUUUCACAAUAUGUAAGCAGUUUGUUGCUUGUUCAGAAAUGAGAAUAUCCAGAAUCAGUUGUAGGUCUUUAUACAUACUGUCAGUCAAAACGUCUGCCUUCUGUGGAUAGCUGAUCCAUGUGGACAACAUUGGCAUCAAGAGGAUUUGGUAAACACCAAGAUAUACCUAUUUUAUGAUAACUUGAGUGGGAGGUGUUUUGUAUUUGUAUAACUGAAUAAAUUAUUUGGAAACAAAUG